AGAAAAGUAAGAAGCUUCAGAAAUGGUGGUGAAGAACGUCAUGAACAUGAAUCCAGGAGAUGGUGCAACUAGCUAUGCCAACAAUUCUGGCCUUCAAAAAGCAGUGAUGUCAGAAGCAUUGCCUUUGGUAGAUGAGACAUUGGAAGCAAUGUUUUCUGCUGAAAAUGGCUUCCAUGCUAAGUGCUUGAAGUUGGUGGAUUUGGGCUGUUCAUCAGGACCCAAUACUCUUUUCAUCAUCUCCCAUAUCCUGAAUACAAUUGAAGACUUGUGCAGUAAGAGAAAUAACAGUACUGAUCAUCAUCACUUACCUGAAUUUGAGGUGUUUCUGAAUGAUCUUCCAGACAAUGACUUCAACAACCUCUUCAAACUGCUCCUGAAUUCCAACGUGAUUAAUGGUAAGAAGAAGAGGCAUUGCUUUUUGUAUGGCUUGCCAGGCUCUUUCUAUUGCAGGCUGUUUCCAAGCAAUACUCUUCACUUUGCUUAUUCUUGCUACAGCCUUCACUGGCUCUCUCAGGUUCCUGAAGGAAUUGAGAGUAGAAAUAAAGAGAAUAUAUGCAUAGCAAGAACAAGUUCCCCAGAGGUAUUUGAAGCCUAUGCAAAGCAAUACCAAAGAGAUUUCUCCACAUUUUUAAGCCUGAGAGGUGAAGAAAUGAUAGUCGGUGGGCGUAUGGUAUUGAUAUUUCGUGGCAGAAGUGUUGAAGAUCCUUCUCGCAUAGAUGAUUCUGCCCAUAUCACUUUGCUUUCCCAAACACUUCUCGACAUGGUAGAUGAGGAACUUGUCAAGAAGGAAGACCUGUACUCAUUCAACAUACCUCUUUACGCACCACGUGAACAAGAAGUGAAGACUGUGAUUGAAACCGAAGGGUCGUUCCACUUAGACAAGCUGCAAGGGUUUCGUGUCCGCUGGGAUGCCCAUGACAACGUUGUCGAUGACGAUGAAAAUAAUAUAAUUCUUAAAAUUCAUAGGUGUGGGAAAUUGGUGGCAGAUUGUGUUAGAGCUUUCAUGGAACCAAUGCUGGCUGCUCAUUUUGGGAGUUCCAUUGUUGAUGAACUAUUUGGAAGGUAUGCUAAGAAAGUGGAAGAGCAUUUCUCCAUGAAAAAAUCAACAUAUUUUGUUAUAGUCAUUUCUUUAAGUAGGAAAGGAAAGUAAUAUCAAUGGGGUUGUCUGAAAUACGAUUGGAAUAUCCCGUCGAUGGUUGUAAGGGAUCGAUCUGAAUGAUUAACUUCGAUGUAUAAUAUUUUUGUACGAAAUUUAUACAUCAUGAAGACUAAUAAAAUUGAAGGUUCCCAUUAA